CUAAAUGUAAAUUCCUGUAUGUAUCUUGUAGUGUUCUACAAAUUGAUGAACAGUAAGCAUGUCUUCAACUAAAUGUAAAUUCCUGUAUGUAUCUUGUAGUGCUCUACAAACUGAUGAACAGUAAGCAUGUCUUCAACUAAAUGUAAAUUCCUGUAUGUAUCUUGUAGUGCUCUACAAACUGAUGAACAGUAAGCAUGUCUUUAACUAAAUGUAAAUUCCUGUAUGUAUUUUGUAGAGCUCUACAAGUCGAUGAACAGUAAGCAUGUCUUCAACUAAAUGUAAAUUCCUGUAUGUAUUUUGUAGAGCUCUACAAGUCAAUGAACAGUAAGCAUGUCUUUAACUAAAUGUAAAUUCCUGUAUGUAUUUUGUAGAGCUCUACAAGUCAAUGAACAGUAAGCAUGUCUUUAACUACAUGUAAAUUCCUGUAUGUAUUUUGUAGAGCUCUACAAGUCAAUGAACAGUAAGCAUGUCUUUAACUACAUGUAAAUUCCUGUAUAUAUUUUGUAGAGCUCUACAAGUCAAUGAACAGUAAGCAUGUCUUCAACUAAACGUAAAUUCCUGUAUGUAUUUUGUAGAGCUCUACAAGUCAAUGAACAGUAAGAAUGUAGCUUCUUCUAGUGUUCAGCCACCUCUUGAGCUUCCAUGCGAACCUGAUUUGUUGCAGCUAAUUAAAGCAUUUACCCCACAACUGGAGAAAUUAGGCAUUACCAUCACUUACGAAGCAUCACAAAACUCGAUGGUUAAAGUGCACACUGUUCCCUCUUGUAUGCUGGAAAAAGAAGUGAAUGAAGUAAAGCGAGGAAGGAAACCAGUCAUAGCCGAGUUGGUAGAGAACCUCAUCAGGGAGCAAAUGGAGCUGUGUAAACAAACUCGAGGAGCUUCGGGAGCUUUGCCAAAAACUCUGGUUUAUGUUCUGAACUCGCAAGCUUGUCACGGUAAAAUACAUCUUG